AUGUCUGCCCCUCCCCAGCUGAUCCACAUCAAAAGGAAGCGGGGCGAUGAGGAUGCGCCGGUUACCUAUCUUCAGCUUGAGCCAGGAUCCAAGAGGCACUUGGCCGGCAGCAGCUGGGUCUACCAAAGACGCUUGGCAAAGGUCAGUGCCAGAUCCGCCGCUGCUGCUGCCGCCGCCGCCGCCCACUCCAAACCCGUCAUCCAGACGUCCAAACCCGGCGACGAAAUCUCCAGCUCCCGCCGGCCCCCGACGUCGAGCAUCCCCUCCGCAUCGCCGAGCGAUGUGCCGUCCGCAGCGAACGCGGCGCCCGCCGGACAGGUGCCAACGACGUCAACCGCCGCGGGUCCGCAGCUGCCAACGAACCCCGCCGUCGAGCCGAGACGAUUCCACAUGUCCAGGUCAGCCAUGAGCUCCCCCAGCGGCAGCACGAUAUUGAAAGCUGGAGGUGGCGUCACGAAACGGGGCCGUUACGGCACCGCUGUUUUCGUGGAGCGAGGGAAGAAGAAGAGCGCGCGAAGGGCGCUCGAGAAGCUCGACGCGGACAAGAAGGGCGCCGCUCUCGCAUCCGCGGACGUCGGCGUCAAGGAGGAUAAGCCGGUGCCCAAGAAGCCCCUAGCGAAACGCCCGCCCCGGCCCGCGGCGCCCAACGUCGACGCGCAGCGCAAGCCCAUGCCCAGCGUCGUGCCCACCCAGGACCUGGACAAGAUUGCCGCCGACAUGGACCAGUGGGUCUUGCACGAGAUCGGGCUGAACCUCAAGUCGAUGGAACAACCGGCCGCGCCGCCAGCAGCCGCCGCUGCUUCGUCGCCUUCCCGCUUCAAGCCCAAGGCCCCGGUCAAGCGCUUCGCCGAGCGGCACCCCGAGCUGGCAAGGGAGCUAGAUGGCCGCGGCCGCGACGACGAGGAGAUGGCCGAGGCAAGCGGCGGUGAUGAGGAGAGCAGUGACGACGACUACGUCAUCGAGGUGUACGAGCUGGCGCCCUCAAAGACCGCGUUGGCCGAGAUCCCACCCGAGCAGAUUGGCGUGCUGAGGUUCGAUACGCAGGAGGACUUGGAGCUGUUCUACGGCAACGAGGACCCCGACUCGGAUGAUGAUGACGAGGAGGACGAAAACGCCGAGAACCACUACACGGCGGAUUACCCCGAGGAUGAGGUCGACUCCGAGGACGAGUACGACCGCCACGCUUACCUCUUCCGCAACGCCAACGCCUCGGACGAGGAGGAGUUUGACGCUCGCGACCUGGAUGAGGACGCGGACGAGGACAUGUACGUCAUGGAGGGCGACGAGAGGCGCGACGAGGACGACGUCUUCCAGGAAAAGAUCCGUCGGUAUAUCCGCCAGCACGGCGCGCACUGA